GUGGCUUACCGUACCUUCGUCUACCACCAACAUUUUCCUGUGCAAACACACGUGGAUUUCGACUGACGCCAGGCAGAAACAACAAUAACAUGGCAAGCCACGGGCUCACUUAUGACGGCUGCAAUUUCUUCAGACAGCGGCUGGUUUUAUCAACACUCAGUGGGAAACGAGUGAAAAUAAAGAACAUCAGGUCUAAAGAUGACAACCCGGGGCUCCGCGAUUUUGAGGCCAGCUUCGUCAGACUGUUGGACAAAGUGACCAAUGGCUCCAGAAUAGAGAUCAACCAAACAGGUACGGUGUUGUUCUAUCAGCCUGGCUUGUUGUUUGGUGGUACUAUAGAUCAUGACUGUAACAUGCAGCGCUCUAUCGGAUAUUACCUGGAAGCUUUACUCAUGCUGGCUCCAUUCAUGAAGACGUCUCUGAAGGCUACACUGAGGGGCGUCACCAACGACCCCACUGACCCAACAGUCGACCUGCUUAAGUCCUCCGCUCUCCCUGUAAUGAAGAAGUUUGGCAUCGAUGGAGAGGGUUUUGAUCUCAAGGUGGUGAAGAGGGGUAUGGCACCUGGUGGAGGAGGAGAGGUAUUUUUCACAUGCCCAGUCCGUAGGACCAUCAGACCUGUGCAACUCACCGACCCUGGGAAGAUCAAGAGGAUCAGAGGAGUGGCAUACUCUGUACGAGUUUCCCCUCAGAUGGCCAACAGGAUCGUGGAGUCAGCCAGGGGUGUCCUUAACCAUUUUAUUCCAGACAUCUACAUCCACACAGACCACAUGAAAGGUCCCAACUCUGGCAAGUCUCCAGGUUUUGGUCUGACCUUGGUGGCAGAAACUCUGAAUGGUACCUUCUUUAGUGCUGAGAUGUCGUCCACACCGCAGGGGCAGGGAGACCCCGUACUACCAGAAGACCUAGGCAGGAAUUGUGCCAAACUACUCCUAGAGGAGAUUCACCGUGGUGGCUGCGUGGAUUCAUCCAAUCAAAGCUUGGCACUGCUCUUGAUGACCCUUGGCCAACAGGACGUGUCAAAGGUUCUGCUUGGGCCGCUCUCCCCGUACACGAUCGAGUUCCUCAGGCACAUUAGAGAUUUCUUCCAGAUCAUGUUCAAAAUCGAGGUUCAGAAGCCUUCAGAAGAAGAAAGAAAGGGGGGUGACAAAAUCCUGAUGACCUGUGUAGGAGUCGGUUUCAGCAACAUAAACAAAACUCUAAAAUAAAACUAGUUUUUCUUUUA